CAAUUUCAUUCUGGAAAGUGGGGGCCAAACAUACAUGUAACAGAGGGAAUGUUGACCGAGAUGCUCGUUACGGCUGUACUUGAUGGAGGGAGCUUGAUCAGUUGUUCUUGAUGGUGCUGUGUCAGAAUCUUGUCGACUAGUGAAUGAGUUCAGCAUCAGGCUGAUUUACUGAAGCGAAUGAUCCAGUGAUCCCGUCACGAGUUGAGAUUCAAGGCAAUGAGGUUGUACAUGUAGCGCAGCAGAACUAUCAGCUCCGACGUCGCCACGCAUAUUAAAUGUAGUAACUACCGCGAUUGACUUGAGAGCAUCAUAUUAAACAUUAAGGCGUCAUGUUGAAGUGCUACCUGCAAGACUGUCGUGCAUUACAGUAACAUCGGAGCAGCAAUUUGGAGCAAUCGCCGCAAAACCUUAUAUCCUUCAUUCGCACUGCGGAUGAGGUAUGACCGCAGGCGAAUCCGGCGGAUGAAGGAUAUAAGGUUUUGCAGGAUACGGCGCAUCCGGUGAAAUCGUAUUUAGUGGGGUUGAUGGAUACGUGACCCUGCGAAAAACGAUACUCUGCUUGGAGGAAAUGGAAUUGGGACAGAAACGUGCGGACAGCUCCGAGCUGAUUGGGGCCUCACUUUAUAACGGCGAUCGCAUCAACGAAGCGGACUCGUUCACUUCUCGGCCCCCUCAAGUCGCUCAACGAUCCACCAUGUCAAUGGCAUCUCGUCUCCGCUACUUCAUCAACAGUCCCACGGGACCCAAGACCACACACUUCUGGGGCCCUGUCGCCAACUGGGGAUUCGUAGUCGCUGCUAUGGCCGAUAUGCGGAAACCCGCUGAUGUGAUCUCCAUCAACAUGACGUCGGCUCUGUCAAUCUACAGUCUGAUCUUCAUGCGGUUCGCGUGGAUGGUGAAACCUCGUAACUACCUCCUGCUGGCGUGCCACGCCUCGAACGAAGCGGCUCAGCUCUACCAGCUCCAGCGUGGCAUUCGCUUCCAAGCUAGCAAGAAGGCCGCCGAGAAGCAGGCGUAAACUACAUCAGUUCUCUCUCAUCCAGUUCAGGGCGCCCCGAACUGUGCUUCGUUUGAUUUUCAAGCAGGAAUUGAUACUCUGCUUUCGUGUUCGUGUUCCUGCGUCAACAAGUGCUUCCUUCGUAAGCCUAGACUGCAUGCAACGUGACAAUAGAGAAGAGAUAUUGACAAUUAACAGCUUUUCUCUUGCUGAACAUCCGUUUCACAUGCGGAAGACGCCAAACUUUGUUUCCUGAGGUUUCUCGUUGAGCGCAGCGCUGAGACUCAGUCCAAGCACC